AUGCGGCGCCCGGGCCCGCGCCUGUGGCUGCUGCUGCAGGUGGUAGGCGCGUGCGCCGCCAUCGGCUCCCUGGACCGCGAGCGCCCGGGCGACGGCCAGUGCCAGCCCAUCGAGAUCCCCAUGUGCAGGGACAUCGGCUACAACUCGACGCGCAUGCCCAACCUGAUGGGCCACGAGGACCAGCGCGAGGCCGCCAUCCAGCUGCACGAGUUCGCGCCGCUCGUGGAGUACGGCUGCCACGGGCACCUGCGCUUCUUCCUGUGCUCGCUGUACGCGCCCAUGUGCACCGAGCAGGUCUCGACGCCCAUCCCCGCCUGCCGCGUCAUGUGCGAGCAGGCCCGCCUCAAGUGCUCGCCCAUCAUGGAGCAGUUCAACUUCAGGUGGCCGGACUCGCUGGACUGCGCCAAGCUGCCCAGCCAGAACGACCCCAACUACCUGUGCAUGGAGCCGCCGCACAACGGCUCGGACGAGCCCCGCCGCGGCGCCGGCCUCUUCCCGCCGCUCUUCCGGCCGCAGCGGCCGCCGGGCGCGCAGGAGCCCCCGCCGCGGGAGGGCGGCCCCGGGCGCGCCGGCUGCGACAACCCGGGCAAGUUCCACCACGUGGGCAAGAGCGCGGCGUGCGCGCCGCUGUGCGCGCCCGACGUGGACGUGUACUGGAGCCGCGCCGACAAGCGCUUCGCCGUGGUCUGGCUGGCCGUGUGGUCCGUGUUGUGCUUCCUGUCCAGCGCCUUCACCGUGCUCACCUUCCUCAUCGACCCGGCGCGCUUCAGGUACCCCGAGCGCCCCAUCAUCUUCCUCUCCAUGUGCUACUGCGUCUACUCCGUGGGCUACAUCAUCCGCCUCUUCGCGGGCGCCGAGAGCAUCGCGUGCGACCGGGACAGCGGCCAGCGCUACGUGAUCCAGGAGGGACUGGAGAGCACGGGCUGCACCCUGGUCUUCCUGGUGCUCUACUACUUCGGCAUGGCCAGCUCGCUCUGGUGGGUGGUCCUCACGCUCACCUGGUUCCUGGCCGCGGGCAAGAAGUGGGGCCACGAGGCCAUCGAGGCCAACAGCAGCUACUUCCACCUGGCCGCCUGGGCCAUCCCGGCCGUGAAGACCAUCGUGGUGCUGGUGAUGCGCCGGGUGGCGGGCGACGAGCUGACCGGCGUGUGCUACGUGGGCAGCAUGGACGUGAACGCCCUCACGGGCUUCGUGCUGGUGCCGCUGGCCUGCUACCUGGUGCUGGGCACGUCCUUCGUGCUGUCCGGCUUCGUGGCCCUCUUCCACAUCCGCCGGGUCAUGAAGACGGGCGGGGAGAACACGGACAAGCUGGAGAAGCUCAUGGUGCGGAUCGGCGUCUUCUCGGUGCUCUACACCGUGCCCGCCACCUGCGUCAUCGCCUGCUACUUUUACGAGCGCCUGAACGUGGACUACUGGAAGACCCUGGCCACACAGCACAAGUGCAGGGUGAACAACCAGACCAAGGACCUGGACUGCGCCAUGGCGGCCUCCAUCCCGGCCGUGGAGAUCUUCCUGGUGAAGGUGUCCAUGCUGCUGGUGGUGGGCAUCACCAGCGGCAUGUGGGUCUGGACCUCCAAGACCCUGCAGUCCUGGCAGAGCGUGUGCAGCCGCCGGCUGCGGCGGAGCAGCCGCAGGAAGCCUGCCAGCGUCAUCGCCGGCGCCGGCGGGGGCAUGUACACCAAGGCCCAGCCUCCCCCCAAAACCCACCAGGGCAAGUACGAGAUCCCCGCCCCGCCGCCCACCUGCGUGUGAGCUCACCCCGAGGGCGGGCCCGGGGUCUCUGCCCGAGCUCUGCUUGCUUGCCUGCCCGGUGUGUUUCUGGUUUUUUUGUUUCGUUUUGUUUUCUAACGUGAAAGUUGAGAGAUAACUCGAGUGUUUACCCUGGAGUUCAGGAUGCUGUGACCCACUGACCGUGUGAAGGGACGGGCAGAUGGUGCUGGGCUGCUUUCUGGGGAGCGGGCGGCUCCUCUGUGAGGGGCCCUGGCGUCGCUAACUGGGGGCGACCGAACUGAUGGCCCCAGAAGUGCGCUGUGUGCGAGCCAGGGCUGCUGUGCUGUGGGAGAAGCGUCCGCUGCCCGGGAGGCUGCCGGUGACAGCAGCUCGUGUGUGGGGAGCAGGGGCCCUGCCAGCCCCUCCCGCGGCGCCGGGCUCUGGCACGGCCGCCUUCCUCCAAGACAGAAGCCGUCACCGAACCCAGCGUUUGCCAACUCAAACCAUGUGCAAUACGUUUUUUUUUCCUUCUCUCUCCACGAAAGUAAAAAGAGAAACAAGUAUUUUGCUGUACAUAAAGACAACAAAAGAGGCCUCCUAACAAAAGAACAAGCAGGCUGGGCCCUCAGUGUCACAUUUUGUGGCUUUUUAACGGAAACCCAGCACUGCUGUCCCCGUGGACUGAUUUGUGGAAAGGCGGGGGAGGGGAGAGGCCGUUCAGAAGUACCCAGAGAGCUUGUGACUUUGUAUUGUCACCGCGGUUUCUGUGAACCGAGGGAGAGGUGCCGAGCGUGGCGCCCCCACCCCCACCCCGUGUUCUCUGGAGGAGUGCUGCUGCCUGUGUACGUGUGUACGAGACGGCGUUUUUCAUGCCCCACUAUUUUAUUAAAAAUAAAAGAUGCUCUUUGGUUUGCG